AUGAAAAGGAACGACGAAUCCAGUCAACUAGUUACGGUCUACCAGGCAGUGGCCGCGUAUACCGUUCGAGGAAUAGGCUCGUUUCUGCCGACAGAAACACAGGUUGCCCGGAUUCGCCCGAUCGUUCGACGAGAGAGGAUCGGCUCGAGGACGAUCACACUUGACUUGGUCACACUAGAUCUUAAAAUAGGAGCCGAGGCAAGGGAGCGAACAGGAAGUUUGCUCUUUCUCUUCGACAACGGGGAUUUAUAUCGGGGAUAUGCCUCUCUUCAUCGGUGGGAACAGGCUCGAGUGCUUAAAAUUGGAUCUUUUGACUUGUGGCGCGGCGAGGACGCAACAGUAAGUGCACGCAAGUAGCGGCUACGGCUUUUUAUUCCGAACGAAGAUAAGGAAUAAUAACGGAAAAUUUGAAACGACGCGCCAUUUCUGAUACUUUCUUUCGGAAACAACUAUAGGACGAUUGAUUCAAUCAAAUCAUGCGUUUCAAGUCGAAUAUUUUGUUGAAUUAAAAUUACAUAGAAUCGUAUAAUGUCGUCGUCGAUACAAGAUGGUGCUUUACUUUAA